AAUGAUAUAUGAGAUACGGACAUACAGUAAUUGAUCCUCACUUACUAAACUGGUGGGUGACUAAUGAUCUUGGAUUUCUCAGUGAACUUUAUGUAUAUGUAAGUAUUUCAAAACACUAACAGAAGGGCGCCAAAUUACAAGUGAUCCUCUGUACGUGAAUUUCCUGAAUGCAAGCACAAUGAAAAUUCACCUAAUGUGAUUGACAGUGAUGCCGGCUGCUGGGGAGCUUCUGGAUCCUCCAUUAGUCUAAUACCAACCACAAUAUGCGUAUUUCGUUACUUGGUUUCAGCCAUCAUUACCACAACCAGAAUUGGAUCGUUCAUUGGUGAACUAAAAUCUUUAUCGACCAAUAUUUAUUAUGCACUAGUGUUAUUUUCCAGUUUAUUUGUGUGACUGGUCAGGUACCAUAUGCUAUUUUCAAGUUUAGUUGUGUCACUAGUCAGCUACUAUCAGGUAUGCUCACUACUGAAGGAACUUAUGCAUGUGAGCCUGAUGUUGGAGUAAUAGAUUUCUGUGCCUAUUGCUAUAACGUAUCCGUUAGUGUUCGCCCCAAAGGGCAUCAUUGAGUUGGUUAUCUGUUCUUUAUAUAUUGGUGUACAACAAAUGAUAUUAACUCAGUUGAUGCUAUGGGAAUCGUGUAGUUUGUAAAUUUGGGGCUCUACAUAAGUCAUAUUCGAUGAUGGAAUUGUUACAUUCUGUCAUGAUGUUAGUGAGGUGUAUCUGCUUGCUUGUUUGUAUGACUUUGGGGCUUGUUAUUUUAAUCGAUGAGGGGGAAGCGGCGACGUUCACGUUCGUGAACCGGUGCGGGGAAACGGUGUGGCCGGGCGUCCUGUCCAACGCCGGCACGGCACGGCUAGGCACCACGGGGUUCGAGCUCCCGCCGGGCGCCUCGCUCGCCGUGCCAGCUCCCUCGUCCUGGUCCGGCCGCCUCUGGGCGCGCACGGGCUGCGCCCAUGACCCCGCCACGGGGCGCCUCGUGUGCACCACGGGGGACUGCGGCUCCGGCGCGGCCGAGUGCGCGCUCGGCGGGGGCGGCGCCGGGCUCGACUUCUACGACGUCAGCCUCGUGGACGGGUACAACCUGCCCGUGCUGGUGCAGCCGUCCGCCGGCUCGUGCGCGUCGGCCGGGUGCGCCGCGGACCUGAACGCCAUGUGCCCGCCCGAGCUCCGGUCCGGCGGCGGCGCCGCGUGCCGGAGCGCGUGCGACGCGUUCGGGCGGGACGAGUUCUGCUGCAGCGGCGCGCACGCCACCCCGGCCACCUGCGGGCCCACCUCAUACUCGCAGGUCUUCAAGAUGGCAUGCCCGCGCUCCUACAGCUACGCCUUCGACGACCCUACAUCCACCUUCACCUGCGCCGGCGGCCCCGAUUACACCGUCACAUUCUGCCCCGCCGGCGCAACCCCAAGCCAAAAAUCGACGGCGGUGCCUGGCGCGACCGCUACCACGCCGACAACGGUUCCAGGGACAGCAACUCCGACGACGGCGCCUGGUGCAGCCGCCACAACGCCGACGAUGGUGCCUGGGACGGAGAUGCCGGCUAUGAUGCCGGGCAUGACAUUCACGGACGCCAACCCUGGCAGCACGCCGAUGCCGAUGGGCGGCGAGGCCAGCAUCGGUGGUAGCAUCCAAGGGCAGGGCGUGUUCCUAGGCAGUAGAAGAGACGACUCCUGGCUCGCCAACAUGGCCACCGGCGACGUUACGGCCAGGGGAGCGGUGGCGGCAGGCUUGGCGCAGCUAGUUGUGGCACCAUUGGCGUUGCUCGUGCUCCACCUGCUGCAGCGGUAGUGCUGGGCCGGCAUUGAUCGAUCUAUGCAAUGUAGCAUUCGUUUGCAGGUUAAGAACUUUUUUUUGAACUGUUGUAGGUUAAGAAGAAUUGAGGAAAAGCAAGAGAUUGGUUGUACUCCAUUGUAACAUAUUGUUGUAGGUUCAGAUUUGUAGACACCGAUCACCAUUGUAACAUUGCUAAUUCGAGAGUGGUGGUUUGGCACCCGGGAGCAUAUGCUCCCGGUUUUUAAA